GAAAAAAUAAAAUGUGGCGCCAAGGAGUCAAGUUCGUUCACCAAAUCCUCAACCAAUGGCCUCCAGUAUCACUUCUUCUUCGUGGCUCAAUCGAAGCCCACCAGUCGCCACCGUUGGCUCCGCUGACGCCACCAGUUGCGACUCCCUCAAGCGUCACUUCUUCCUGUUCUUCACCUCCAGCAGAUCCAUCACAAACUCCAUUGUUUCCUACUCUUAUGGUCCCACACAUUCUAUUCGUUGUUCCUACCGCCGUCGAUGGCUUAACCCCCUCCGUCCUAGACCGUUGGAUCAAGAACCUUCUCCUGAGAUCGUUCGCCACUGGAUUUACGCUGAUUCUCUUCCACUCGUAUCGCAAGAGAAAUUUAAAAUUGCGUCAUAUAACAUAUUGGGAGACAAAAAUGCUUUCAAGCAUAAGGAUUUGUACCCAAAUGUUCCUUUACAAUACAUCAAAUGGAGCCAUCGCAGAAGGUUAAUAUGCCAAGAGCUAAUUGGAUUGAGCCCAGAUAUAAUCUGUAUGCAAGAGGUGGACAGGUAUUUUGAUCUUUUCAAUGUUAUGGAAAAGGCAGGAUAUGCUGGUUCUUACAAGCGGCGCACUGGAGAUAAUGUUGAUGGUUGUGCUAUGUUUUGGAAAACUGACAGUUUUCGAUUACUAGAGGAAGUGAGUAUCAAGUUCAAGGAAUUUGGUCUUCGGGACAAUGUUGCCCAAAUUUCUGUUUUUGAGAUGUGUAAAGCAAAAUCAAAGAGACUAGUGGUUUGUAAUAAUCAUGUUCUUUAUAAUCCUAGCCGAGGGGAAGUGAAAUUAGGUCAAAUUUGUUUACUUUCUUCAAAGGCACAGAUCAUCUCAAAGAAGUGGGGUAAUGUCCCUGUUGUUCUUGCUGGAGAUUUCAACUGCACUCCUCAGAGUGCAAUUUACAAGUUUUUAUCAUCAUCAGAGCUGGAAAUCAAGUUAUACAACAGAAAAGAUUUAUCUGGUCAGAGAGCUUGCCAUCCUUCUCAAGUUUUCGGUGCUAAAAAUGAAACAUGUAACCCAUGCACAGUUAUAGAUCGAUUUUUGCAGACUGGCUGGACAGAUGAAGAGAUUAAAAUCGCAACUGGGAACACUGAUAGCCAUCUAACCAUGCUUCCGCUGAAACUUAACAGCUCAUAUGCCUGUGUGAAAGGUUCUACAAAAAUGAGGGACUCCACUGGUGAACCUUUAGCUACUUCGUAUCACUCUAAAUUUUUCGGAACUGUUGACUAUCUAUGGUAUUCAAAUGGCCUUGUACCUACCGGAGUCCUUGAUACCCUUCCAGUUGAUAUACUAAGAAGAACAGGAGGCCUUCCAUGCAAGAAAUUGGGCAGUGAUCACUUGGCCUUGGUUUCUGAGUUUGCAAUUCUACAAGGAACUGCAGACAACCACCAUGGUAACAAUACGGCAUCCAGCAACCACCUCAGCAAUACAACAAUCUAGACCAGAGGAGAUGUGCAUACUUUGCUUGGUGAAGAGGUAAGAUGCUAAUUCACAUGGUCUUGCCUUGAUUAAUUUAAGGAGAAAAACAGGACUUCAUGUAAAUCAUUUUGUAUUUAUAAUAAUAUGGUAGUAGAGAAA